AUGGUCGAGUCAACAAGCAGCAGCAACAGCAGCAGCAACAGCAGGAGCAGCAGUAGCAGCAGAGGAGUCUUCCAGAAAAUCAGUUUGCAGGAGAUGCGCGGAACAAGAAGACCGCCGCGGCAGUCGCUGCUGCUGCUCUUUUCUGCAGCGGCAGCGGCGCUGCUAAACCUGCAUUACCCUUUGCACGGCAGCAGCAGCGACGACAGCGUGGCUGCUGCGGGCCUCCCUCACUUCCUCCCAGUCGUCGCUGGGGACAAUUUGAGGGGCUCAGACAGUGAAAGCUCAGCUAACAAAAGCAGCAGCAACAGCGGCAAUGGCAGCAGUAGCAGCGGCAGCAGCAGUAUAGGCUCGCCUGCAGGGGGCGACUCCCCUGCAGAUUCGCCUCCUGCAACCCCAGCAGCAGAUGAGGGUGCAACAGGUGCAGCAGCAGCAGCAGAAGCACCAGCGGCAGCCGUAACAGAAGCACCAGCAGGGGCAGCAGAGUCAGGCGCAGCAGAAGUAGCGGCAGCAGAGUCAGGCGCAGCAGAAGCAGGCGUUGCUGAAGCAACAGGAGAAAAAGCAGGCGCAGCAGAAGCAGCAGAAGUAGGCACAGCAGAAGCAGCAGAAGCAGGCGCAGUAGCAGAAGCAGGCGCAGCAGCGGAAGCAGAAGAGGUAGAUGAAGCAAAAGAGUCUGCAGGUGGCUCUUCGGAGAGCCUUGAGUUGGAAGCUCUUUCAGGCAGUCUAGCAGCAGCAGCAGGUAGCGCAACAACUGCAGCAGCAGCACGUGCAGCAGCAGCAGCGGCAUCAGAAGCAGGUGCACCGUCUGCUACUGCAUUGGAGUCAGGUGAUUCUGCCGGCACAGCCGCAGGUUCUCCGUCGCCGGCAGCAGCAGCAACAGUUGCUGCAGUAGAGCCGGCACCAGCAGGGCCCUCGCCCGGGUCCCUCGCAGCAGCAGAAGCAGCAGCAGCAGCACGCCCCCUGCCAGCAGCAGCAGCAACCCCAGCGUCACCUUCCCCAGCAUCGCCAUCUCCAUCUCCAUCCUCAGCAGAAGCUGAAGGCUCCGCAGGAGGAGCCUCAGCAGCGCCGUCAUCACCACCACCAUCCUCAGCAGCAGCAGCAGCAGCAGCCCCGCCGCCACCCCGGCUGCCCCCGCAGCAACAAGAAGCAGCAGCAGCAGCAGCAGAAGCGGAGGAGCCCGUGCCCUGCCUGGUGCGCCGCCCCUACAGCGAACGGCGGGGAGGCUACUUGAAGGUCCCGCAGUCUUUUCUAGACCGCCGCAAAGAAGAGGCUCUUACUGAGGCGGAACUCGAGAGGCAAAUCGACAGGCUCUUCGCCGUGGACCCCGAGCAGAUCGAAAGGCAAAGCGCCGCCAUCGCCAGAUCUGUGGACGCUGCGCGCAACCGCGGGCAGCCGAACGGGCGCAUCAUAAUAGGGGUGGCGGACCUGCAGUCCGGCGACAAGGACUUCGACUUGCUGCUGCAGCGGCGCUCGGAAAGCAGCAGCGGCAGCAGCACCAGCAGCGGGAGGGACGGCCGCAGCAUCAGCACGCGGGCGGAGGCGGAGGCGAUGGGCAAGGCAGCAAUCAACGCGGAGGAGCUGCAGCAGCAGCAACUGGUGGGAGAUGUGAAAGUGCUGCCAGAAGUGGGGCUUGUUGUAGUGGACUUCAGCCCCGAGUCUUCAGAAGCUCAAAUUCGAGAAACUGUAAAACGCAUUUGGCUGCGUUCACCGGCCACUUGGCUGAUUGAGGCGGACUCGGAGGUGAAGAUCAGGGGGCUGGAUGAGGAGCCUGCAGCACCAGCAGCAGCAGCAGCAGCAUCUAAUACAGCAGCAGAUGAGACGCGCACCUCCAGAGGGCCCUUUCGAGUAGACAGAUGGUCCCGCAGGAUGCUCAUGGCUGCAGAAGAGCUCUACGCAAACCCCAGCAUCGGCAGCAGCAGCCCCAGCAGCGGCAGCAGCAGCGACAGCAGCCCCAGCAGCCUCAGCGGCCCCAGCAGCAGCAGCAAGACCAAGCAGCAGCAGCAGCAGCAGCAGCGCGUGGACAAGGCCACGGCACGGAAGCAGAAGCAGCAGGAUAUCAAAGCCCUCCAAGCAGACACCAAGGCAGCGACAAAGAAAGAGAGGUCCAGCAGCACCAGCAAGCAGCAGCAGCAGCAGCAGACGCGCUCUCCUAAGGCCAAGCCCGUCAAGGAGACCCCUCAGCAGAAGCAGCACAAGCUGAAGGCGCAGCAGCAGCAGGACAAGUCCUCGAGCGACAAGCAGGCUCAGCAGCAGCAGCGAACUCGCUCACCGAAGCAGCAAAAGUCGACCAAGCUGAAGGCGCAGCAGCGCGAAGAAGACAGCCGCCCCAGCCCCUCUGCUGAUGCUCUUCCUUCUUCUGCUGCUGCUCUCAGCCCAGAGCCCCUCAAGGAAGCUUAUCUUCAGCAGCUGCAGCUGCCGAAAGCAGUUGUUGCUACUCCGGAGCAAAUGAACUUUGGGGGCAACGUGAGGCGGCUCGACGCAGCAGCAGCAACUGAAGAAGCAGAAGCAGCAGCAGCAGGUAAGACUGGCCUGCCGGAAGCAGCAGCAGCAGCAGCAGGGAUGGACGCGCCGGAAACAGCCGCAGCAGCGGCAGCUUCGAUGGAAGAGGUAGCAGCAACAGCAGCGUCAGAGAAGGAAGAAGAGCUUUUUUUUCCCUUUCCGCGGGCAGCAGCAGCAGCAGCAGCUGCUGCUGCUGCUGAGGAGGAGGAAAACGAAGAACUGCUAGAGCAGCGAGAAGCGUUCCUCGCCUCCGAAGAAGCAACUCCUAAUGAUAUUCUCUUCAGCCGCCAGUGGGCGCUGCACAACAGGACUUUGGGCUGCAGAAUGACUGAGGCGUGGAGGCUGGUGUACCGGCGCCGGCAGCGGCAGCGGGAAGCAGCAGCAGCAGCAGCAGCAGCAGACCCCGCAGCACACCCAUCUGCAGCAAGGUCCUCCCCAGAACCCAUCACUGUUGCUGUCAUCGACACAGGCGUCGACUACACUCAUGAAGACCUCAAAGGCAGACUCUGGAAGAACACUGGAGAGAUCCCUAACAACGGUAUUGACGAUGACGGCAACGGCUACGUGGACGACUACCAUGGUUACGACUUCGAACGCGGCAGCGCAGACCCCAUGGACGAGCACGGCCACGGCACCCACCUGGUUGCGGCCGUGGACAUCAGCGACUCCGCAUGCGCUGUGUACCGCGGGAACUUCUGCCGCUUGCCGCAGCAGCAGCAGCAGCAGCGGCCGGAGCACCAAGCUGCUGCUGCUGCUGCUGCUGCUGAGGGGGCCCUCCCCAAGUGCCUCAGCGCAGACAUUGGCCGGCUGCCCCUGUCCUUCUUCCAGCUGCUGCGGGGGCCCCUGUGGCUGCUGGCUCCGCCGUGCCAGCCAUUUGCCCGUCGGGGGCUAAAGGCAGACUGCGGGGACUUGCGCUGCAGCAGUUUGCUGCAGCUGCUGCAGGUGCUGCAGCAGCUGCCCGCGGAGGCGGCGCCGCGCUUCCUGCUGCUGGAGAACGUCGCCGGCUUCGAGCGGAGCAACGCCUGCGAGCUGCUGCUGCAGACCCUCAUAGACAAGCUUAACUAUGAAACUGUCUUUUUGCUGCUGCUCAAUCCCAUACACUUCGGCCUCCCCAACUGCCGCAGCAGAUGCUUCCUCUUGGCGAGAAGGGCCCACCCGUCGGACGGGCAGUACGCGCGUUGGCUGCGGGACGCAGCGCCCUACACAGCAGCAGCAGCACCAGCUGCUGCUGCUGCUGCUCCCGGUGCAGCAGCUGCUGCUGCUGCCGGCAGCAGCAGGAGGCCAGUGCCCCUGGAUCGGAUCCCAGGGCUCUACUCCUCGCAGGCGUUUUACUGCUGCCCCAUUUGGCCCCUCGAGGCCUUUCUUGAGCACUCGCUGCCUCCUCGCAGCAGCAGCAGCACCUGCUGCAGCAGCAGCACCUGCAGCAGCAGCAGCAGCGUUUGUGAGUGGCGCAGCUUAAGCGAAGAGCACCCUUCUGCCUUUGCCCCUUCACCAGAUGCUGCCGGGGAGGAAAACCCGCAGCAGUUGCAGCAGCUGCAGCAGCAGGAUCAGCAGCUGCAGCAGCAAGAGCAGCAGCAGCAGCAGCGGCUGUCAGCGCUGGAGUUAAGUGCAGAGCAGAAAAGAAAGUCCUGGCAUAUGGUGGACCUCGUCAGCCGCAGCAGCACGCGCAGCAGCUGCUUCACGCGGAACUACGGUAGGAGCUGCCUGGCCCAGUACGGCAGCAUUUUGCUGCUGGACAACCCAAGGGAGCUGCUGCAGCAGCAGCAGCAGCAGCAGAAGCGCACUGUCGAGCUGCAUGACCUCCUGCCCAGCAGCACGCGGUGCCGCUUCUUCUCUGUUAGGGAGCAGCUCAACCUCCACGGCUUCCCGUCUUGGUUCAGCAUCGCAGCCCCGCUCAAAGACCAGCAGCAGCAGCAGCAGAAGCAGCAGCAGCAGGAGCAGCAGCAGCAGGAGCAGCAGCAGCAGUUGUCUGAAGACAAGCUGCAGCACCGACGCAUGAUCGGCGACAGCCUCAACGUGUACCUCGUAGGAAUGCUCAUUGACUUCCUCAUAGGCGACGACCCCCUCUAG